GGGGCCGGCAGGGGCGGGGCCGGCAGGGGCGGGGCCAGCGGGGCUCCCCAGCUGCCCGCCCAGAUCUCCGCGGCCCCCUCCCGCUGCGCGCCCGCCGCCGCCGCCGCCGCCGCCGCCGCCGCCAUGGGGGCCUGUCUGGGCGCCUGCUCCCUACUCAGCUGCGCAUCCUGCCUCUGUGGCUCUGCCCCCUGCAUCCUGUGCAGCUGCUGCCCCUCCAGCCCCAACUCCACCAUCAGCCGCCUCAUCUUCACAAUCUUCCUCUUCCUGGGGGUGCUGGUCUCUAUCAUCAUGCUGAGUCCCGGCGUGGAGAGUCAGCUGCACAAGCUUCCCUGGGUAUGUGAGGAGGGGGCCGGGACCUCCAUCAUCCUGCAAGGCCACAUUGACUGUGGCUCCGUGCUGGGUCACCGUGCCGUCUACCGAAUGUGCUUUGCCACGGCUGCCUUUUUCUUCCUUUUCACCCUGCUCAUGAUCUGCGUGCGCAGCAGCCGGGACCCCAGGGCUGCCAUCCAGAACGGGUUUUGGUUCUUUAAGUUCCUGAUCUUUGUGGGCAUCACUGUGGGCGCCUUCUAUAUCCCUGAUGGCUCCUUCUCUGACGCCUGGUUCUACUUUGGUGUUGCUGGAUCCUUCCUCUUCACCCUCAUCCAACUGGUGCUGUUCAUUGACUUUGCACACUCCUGGAACCAGCGGUGGCUGGGCAAGGCCGAGGAGUGUGACUCCCGAGCCUGGUAUGCAGGCCUGUUCUUCUUCACCUUCCUUUUUUACGUUCUGUCUAUUGCUGCUGUGGCGCUGAUGUUCAUCUACUACACCCACCCUGGGGCCUGUUAUGAGGGCAAGGUCUUCAUCAGCCUCAACCUCACCUUCUGUGUCUCCGUCUCCAUCGUUGCCGUUCUGCCUAAAGUCCAGGAUGCCCAGCCCAACUCAGGCCUGCUGCAGGCCUCAGUCAUCACACUCUACACCAUGUUUGUCACCUGGCUGGCCCUAUCAAAUGUCCCUGACCAGAAAUGUAAUCCCCACCUGCUGACUCACUUCAGCAACGGGACAGCCCCUGAUGGCUAUGAGACACACUGGUGGGAUGCUCCCAGUAUCGUGGGCCUCAUCGUCUUCUUCCUGUGCACACUCUUCAUCAGUCUGCGCUCUUCAGACCACCCGCAGGUGAAUAGCCUGAUGCAGACAGAGGAGUGCACGCCCACGCUGGAGGUUGUGCAGCAGCAGCAGCAGCUGACCGCCUGUGAGGGGCGGGCCUUUGACAACGAGCAGGAGAGCGUCACCUACAGCUACUCCUUCUUCCACUUCUGCCUGAUGCUGGCCUCUCUGCACAUCAUGAUGACACUCACCAACUGGUACCGGCCCGGUGAGGCCCGGAAGAUGAUCAGCACAUGGACCGCCGUGUGGGUGAAGAUCUGUGCCAGCUGGGCCGGGCUGCUCCUCUACCUGUGGACGCUGGUUGCCCCUCUGCUCCUGCCCAACCGAGACUUCAGCUGAGACCUCCUACAGUCCACCCACCUGGUGCCUCCGGGCUCAGGGACUUGAGUCAGCCCCACCCCCUGCCAGGGAUUGCCCCUGAGUGGGGACCCUGUCUUCUUAGUGCCUUAUGGGAUGAAGAGCUUCAGUUCCUGCCCAAGCCCCUGCCACCCCUCUUACCCCAGCCACAGGACAGCCCCGUCUAUUCCCUUGCCCACUAUUGCCCACCCUCACUCUCUUGGGAAAAAAAGAGCUCUUGCUCCCAGGCUCCCACAGAGCGCCUCUGAAGGGAGAUGCUCAGAGCUGCUUGCAAGCAUGCCCCAAACUGGCGCCCAGCACUGAGGCCUGGGUCCCCCUGAUCACGCCCCCACCCCACCUCCCCAGGGCACCUCCCUCCUUCCUGGACUCUGUGCCUUGCCAAGUCUCUAAAACUUCAUCCAAUAAACAAGCCAGUGCAUGUGCCUC